CUUAUAUAUAGCCGGGGCGUGGCGCCCUGCUGCUCCUAGUCAUGAAUUCGCCUUCAGUAGCUGCUUCUAUUGCGAUUAUUUGAAUAUUACCAUCUCAAACUUGGAUAUUUAUUAGGAUGGCUACUUCGCAGGCUGCAAAUGUUUCGGAAACGGGCAGGAAAGAAGAAGCCAGUAUUACACAGGAUGUGAGCAAUCCGGCACGAGAUAGGCAGAAGUUCGCGGAUCCCAGUGGUGAGACGAUGAAGGCCUUGAUAUGGCUGGGGAAGAACGAUGUGACGAUUGCGGACGUGCCUAAGCCCAGAAUCCUUGAGGAUACAGACGUCAUUUUAAAGGUUACUGGAUCAACGAUUUGCGGGAGUGAUUUGCAUCUCUAUCAUGGGUCGGUCCUUGAAAUGCAAAAGGGAGACAUCCUGGGCCAUGAAUUCUGCGGCGAAAUAGAAUCCGUCGGCGCUAGCGUCAAGAAAUUGAAAACGGGAGAUCGGGUCGUCGCAUCCUUCCAAAUCGCCUGUGGUGACUGUAGAUACUGCAAACGGAAACUCUCCUCGCAAUGCGAGCGCACGAACGCUAGCCAGUUGGAAAAUUCGCUUUAUGGAUCGCGCACGGCCGGAAUAUUCGGAUAUUCCCACCUCACCGGCGGCUUUUCCGGUGGUCAAGCUGAAUACGUCCGUGUACCCUACGCGGAAACCAACCUCCUCCCGCUCCCUGCCAACGUUCCUGAUGAGAAGGGUCUCUAUCUCUCGGACGUGCUUAGUACAGCUUGGCACUGUGUGGUCGACACGGGCGUGCGGGAGGAAGACGUCGUGGCGAUAUGGGGCGCCGGCCCCAUCGGACAGAUGUGCGCUGAGUUCAGCUUCAUGCACGGCGCAUCCAGAGUGAUUCUUAUUGAUGGCGGAGCGGGUGCUUGGCGUUUAGACUUUGUCAAGGAAAAGCUGCCCCGGGUUGAGACGGUGGAUUAUUCUACUUUACAGAGUGGGGAGUCGGUGACCUCUGUGUUGAAACAGAUGGUGGGGGAUGGGCAAGGCCCCGACGCGGCGUUGGAGUGUGCGGCUGGGGAGUAUGCGAAGGGCUGGGCGCAUUAUAUUGAGAUUAUGCUGGGGGCGGAGACGGAUACGUCGGAGAUUUUGAAUGAGAUGGUUACGUCUGUGAGGAAUUUCGGGAGGUGUGGGAUUACGGGUGUUUAUGUGGGCUACACCAACCAUUUCAACAUCGGAUCCCUUAUGCAGCGCGGUGUCCGAUUGAUCGGUAACGGCCAAGCGCCGGUACAGAAAUACUGGGAGCACAUUCUCUCUCUCAUUGAAAGUGGAACCCUUGAUCCGUUGCGAAUGAUUUCGACUCGUGUCAAGCUGGAAGAUCUAGAUCUCGUCUAUCGUAUGUAUGACGAGAGGAAAAGAGGGAUUCAAAAAGUGUUCGUGCAGACGAAGUUUUCAAACGAGCAAUUCCCGGGUUCACCAGCGUUGGCUGAAUACGAGUAA